UUUGUGAUUUGAAUGACUUGACGAUGGGGAGUUGGAGCUCGUUUAAUUAUUAUUGCAUUGUUAAUUAUUAAUUGUAAAUAGUGAUUAGUGAUAUGAAAUAGCAACAUAAGACAGGCUUUUGUCGCUUCGGCCCUUCAGUCGACCCAGGUGAAGUAACACGAUGACUGCGCAGCCGAGCGACAACACCGAGUUUCCGCCGGAGAUCACUCUCAAACCCCUGGCUCUGGUGGGCCUCGCGGGGCUGGACACGAUCAACAACGCGAUACACAAGACGAUAUGGGACGCCUUCUCCAACAACCGCCGCCCCGAUCGAGCCUCGGUGAAGUUCAAACUGCUCAACAACACUUUCGAGUUCCCCGUGGUCAAACCGAAGAGAAACUCCUACGAGUGGUACAUUCCGAAAGGCAUAUUGAAGAAAAACUGGAUACCGAAACGUGUUUCCCUAAUACCGGCCGUCGUCGUCAUCUUCUACGACAUGGAAUGGAACGAUCCACAGUGGAACGAAAAGAUCAUCGAAUGCGCUUCGCGGGUGCAGUCCAUCCGCGCCGCGGUGGAGGGCCACGCCACGCGCGUCGCCGUCGUGGUCGUGCAGAGCGGCCUGUCGCCGCCGCCCUCCGAGUACAUGCUCGGCGCCGAGAGGGCGCAGGCGCUCUGCUCCGCUUGCGAGAUACAGUCCAAAUCAUUGUUCGUUCUGCCUCACAGCGAUCAUCUGAUGGGAUACAUCGUCCGGUUAGAGAACGCCUUCUAUGAUAUUGCACAAAAUUACUAUCACCAUGAAACCAAAAACAUCAAGCAACACAGAGACCAUUUGAACAAAACCACUCAUCAGUAUUUAUUUGUUCGGCACCAGUUCAAGCUGGGCUUCCUGAACGAGCUGAAGCAGGACCUGAGCACGGCCCACAAGCACUACAUGCACGCUUACAACAAUUUGCUGGAGACCCGUCAGGUUGACACCAACAUUCAUGAGAUAAGAACUGUCGCCGGGUACAUCAAUUACAAACUUUGUAAACUGCUCUUCGCAUUGAACCUGGCCAGGGAUGCCAUCGCACAGCUCAAGUCACAUAUUGAACGCUAUAAAAACAGAAUUGGACCAACUGAACUACUUUUUGAACACUAUGCUUGGAUAGCGAGGCAGUAUAGUGCAUUUGGAGAACUUUUCGAUGAAGCAAUUAGCUUAGGACUCCCGGCAAUCCAGUCCCAACAUCCAGGGUUUUAUUACCAACAAGCAGCUCAAUUCACAGCUAAGAGGAGGCAAGCCAUGCGUUCCGUGUGUUGUGAGGCCCUGCAGUAUCCACCACCUCCCGAUCCAAUGGAGGGCAUUGUGGAAUUUUAUGGUCAGAGGCCUUGGAGGCCGGGGAGACUGAGCGCCGAUCCUCACGACCCUCAAAAAGAGCAGGCAGCAGUACUAGCACUGCAGUACAAUGAGAGAGUUUUCAAUCACUCUGCAAUGAUAAUCAGCUUCCUAGGUAGUGCCAUCACCCAGUUCAAGACUUUCCAUUCCCCCCGGAUGAGAAAGCAGCUAGUUGUUGAAAUGGCCAAUGAAUAUUACUAUUGUGCAGACUAUGGGAAGGCACUCACGCUUCUAACUCAUAUGCUCUGGGAUUACAGGAGAGAGAAAUGGUGGUUCCUGGCCUCUCACGUGCUGAGCCGAGCCUUGCAAUGCGCCUACUUGUCAGCAAAGAUUCAAGAUUACAUUCAGCUCUCUAUAGAGGCACUCUCCAAACACAUUCAAGUGCCAAAUAAUGAUAAGGACAGGAUAUUUAGGAAUGUUAUGUCUGUUCUAAAUCUAAACAUUCCAGCACCCGAGCCAGAUCUUCCUGCUUCUUCACAGAGUAGAGCCCUGGAGCUUUGGCAGAUGGCUGUGGAGAAGGAGCCACUGACAGUUGUUAUCGACAUGGUGAAUAUAUCUAGUUUCCUAGAAGUAAAGACAAAAUUUAAGCAAAGUAAGUAUAGACUGGAUGACACUAUUGAGGUUGAAUUAUUCGUACGCCUCACCUACAACACCACUCUAGCAGUGAAGGCAGCGCUCCUAACAAUAGUGGCACAUGCAGAAACUAUUGAAAUUCCUAUAUUGGAUGAAGGAAACUCUCACGUCAAAUUAGAAGGUGGUAAGGUGAAAAGGUUCUUAUGUCAAUUUAAAUGUAAUCCACAUGAUAUUGGAUCUAAUUUGAGCAUUAAAAAUGUAUCCUUUAUUCUCGAUUCAGAAAGGAGAAGAAAGAUUGUUAUGAAUUUUAAAGUGGAAGAUAAUAAAUCCUUAGAACCAACUGUUCAUCCAGAGUUACUACACUUCAUACUGAGUCCUAAGAGUGACUAUGAAUAUGAUUGUAUUGUACCUUUGACUAGCACAAGUAUCACAAGCAGAGAGUGUAGAUUGUCUCUAGGAAUUGACAAUGCGGUUCCUGCACUGCAAGGAGAGUGGUUUCCAACAACAUUUACUGUAAUGAAUAACGAAGACAGUCAGGUUUACGAUAUGACAAUAGCUCUUUCUCUUCUAAGCUCACCAGAUAAUCCCAAUCCAGAAACAGUGACAGAGCUGAGUUCCAAGCAUGGUGAUCCACAGCCUCAACCUCUGAAGUUCCAAGUGGGCAACGUGGACAAGGCAUCCACAUACACCAACACAUUCUACUUGAAGACCAACAGAACUGCCACAGCUACUGUGCAGCUAAGAGUAUCUUAUAACAUAGACUUUCAGGAAACACCAAAGCUUGAAUGUCUCAAAGAUUUUACUACAAAAAUUACAGUUAUAAAGCCUUUCGAAGUAGCUACUAAUUUCGUAGAAAUUAAUUUUAUGCCUAUCACCAAAUGCUUUGUAGACGAUCCUUUUAUAGUAAUGCCUCAAAUAAAAAUUCUAAGUCCAUGGGAUUUACUUAUUUUAGACACUGAGUUAGAGACGGUGGACUGCUUCAGGUACGGGGAUGAUAAGAAGCCAUCAUCUUGUAUUAGCAACUUAGAGGUGGCUGAAAAAAAUGUAGCAUCUGAUGCCAUAUGUAUACAAGCAAAGUAUAAACCGAAAGACCCACCUACAAGAGUAGGCUUGUACAACAUCACAUGGAGGCGGAAAGACAAUACUAGUGGCCACUGUGUGAUGAGUAGCAGUGCUCUGCCGGGGAUCGCUAUAGAAGACUGUCCUAUUUCCAUUGAAGUCAAUUAUCCAGAAGUUGUAGAACUCAUGACUUCUGUUCCACUCAAGUGUAGACUGAGGGGAAGAACCAACGUGCCCAUCCGACUCUGUCUGUCAGUGGAGGGGACAGACACUUACAUAUUUUCCGGAUAUAAGAAGUUUUCUGUCACUGUUCCUCCCAAGGAUGAGCUGGAGCUGUGUUACAACAUUCUGCCUCUGGUGACAGGAAACACAGUUCCACCGAGAUUGAAAGCCACAGUACUAGGGGACAACUCGAGGCAGGAUGUAAUAUCAGAAAUCUUUGAGAAAAACUUUCCUAGAAAUAUAUUUGUUAUGCCUAAGUAUAAAUGAAUUCAUUUUGUAUUAAAUUAUUAGUCAUUGCAAUUGAGAUUUGUAAAUAAUUUGAACAAAUAUGUAAUUAUAUUGUAGUUACCCUGUAAUUAAUUAUUCUUAGGAUAAAUUCAGUUGCUUAUUUUUAAGCCUGUUUUGUUAACAGAAGGUAUUAAAGUUCUUAUUGAAAAGAAAACAGUUAUUUGAAAUUU